UCGUUGGUCGCUGUGUCCUUGGCUGGUGUGAAAAUGGCCACAAACUUUCUAGUGCACGAGAAGAUCUGGUUUGACAAGUUCAAAUAUGAUGAUGCAGAAAGGAAAUUCUAUGAGCAGAUGAACGGGUCCAUGGCUGGCUCCUCACACCAGGAGAAUGGCGCCAGCGUGAUCCUCCGUGACGUCACAAGAGCCAGAGAAAACAUCCAUAAGUCCCUGGCUGGAAGCUCAGGCCCUGCGGCCUCCAGUGGGCCCGGUGGAGACCACAGUGAGCUUGUCAUCCGGAUCGCCAGCCUGGAAGUGGAGAACCAGAGCCUGCGAGGGGUGGUGCAGGAUCUGCAGCAGGCUGUCUCCAAGCUGGAGGCCUGGCUGAGUGCACUAGAGAAAAGCUCGCCCACCCACCCGGCCACAGCUCCGCAGACCCAGCACGUGUCUCCCGUGCGCCAAGUGGAGCGCCCCACCCGGAAGGCGGUCACCGUCACAGAGGACGAGGACGAUGACAUUGACCUGCUCGGCAGCGAUGAGGAGGAGGACCAGGAGGCUGCCUGGCUGCGGGAGGAAAGGCUGCAGCAGUACGCUGAGAAGAAGGUCAAGAAGCCUGCCCUGGUGGCCAAGUCCUCCAUUCUCCUGGACAUCAAGCCUUGGGAUGACGAGACGGACAUGGCCCAGCUGGAGGCCUGCAUGUGCUCCAUCCAGCUGGAUGGGCUGACCUGGUGGGGGGCCUCCAAGCUGGGGCCCGUGGGCUAUGGCACCCACAAGCUGCAGAUCCAGUGUGUGGUGGAGGACGACAAGGUGGGCACGGACCUGCUGGAAGAGGAGAUCACCAAGUUCGAGGAGCAUGUGCAGAGCGUUGACACUGCUGCUUUCAACAAGAUCUGAGCCCUGGCAUUGGCCUGAGCGUGUGAAGCCUUGCAGCCAAUAAAG